AGCGUAAAACCAGCCAGAAGUAGAUUGUAAACAAAGUCCACCAUUCGUGACUUUUGCAGCAAUUCGAUAAGGUUUUAGUGAAAGAAGCGCCCGCCUGAAGAACUUUUAGCAAUGGCAGAAGAAUCGGAAACGACCGGUAUUGAUAACAGCAGUGAUAAAGAUUUAGCAACAAACGUGGAAAAUCUUUCUCUAGCGGGUCAGAAGGUGGAAAAGCAGGAAGCAAAGAAAAUUGAUAUUGUACUUCAUGCCACUGGCAGUGCUCCGAUUUUGAAGCAAAAGAAGUGGUCAGUAGAUCAGGAAAAGCCCAUCAGCGCGAUUGUAAAAUUUAUACAUAAAUAUCUUAAGCUGGACCCGGAAGAACGAUUGUUUCUCUACAUCAAUCAAACGUUUGCACCGUCGCCGGAUCAGAUUAUAAAGAACCUGUACGAAUGUUAUGGCACCAAUGGUAAAUUGAUUCUUCAUUACGCCAAAACUCAAGCCUGGGGAUAGGGUGGACCCUCUUGCGCAUCCCUUCAAAUUUGGCUUCAUUCCGUCAUACAUGCGACCACCAACAUUUUAGUCUAUAAUUGAUUUCUUGUAAGCUUAUUCUGAACCGGAAUAAAAAUAUGCCAUAAUUCGCUUCGCUGCAGCACCAUUACGUCUAUUUAGACAACAUAUUCUA